UUAUACUAACACGAAAAUGCAGAACUUCAUAGCUCAAUCGUUCUUCCGAGAUAUCAAUUCCAGAGAGCUCAACGGAUUCCGAGUGAAGAAAAGACCCUAUAUAGUGGAUGAAAGGCCGGAAUCAAGCCAACUUGGAGCCGUAUCUGUCGAGCACAAUGGCAAGACUUCACCUCCAAUGGCUCUCUCUUUUUGCAAGAGUAAUGAAAACGCUCAUAUUCUAGCUGUUACGGAUGAGGCAGGGUACAUCAGCUUGUAUAAUACUCGCUUAAAAUUUCCAUCUUCUUCAACUUAUCAACAGAAUACAGAAAAAUCUAGAAUUUUGGAGUGGGUUGCCCAUGAUAAUGCCAUUUUUGAUAUUUGUUGGAUCAAGGACGAUAACAGAAUAUUGACUGCUUCAGGUGAUCAAAGUAUAAAGGUGUGGGAUGCACAAAAAAGGAAAUGUGUUGGAGCAUUGAUGGGACACACAGGAAGUGUGAAGACCAUUUCUUCUCAUCCUACUAAUCAUGACAUACUUGUAUCGGGUUCACGAGACGGGUCCUUUGCUUUGUGGGACUUGAGGUGUUCUGAGAAUAGCAGCCACAGACUAAGCAUAUCGUCAGUUGCCACUGUCCAUGAGGCUCAUGUAUCUCCCUGUCGGAGGCGGCUUAGGCGGAGAAAGGCUGCCUCGAUGAGCAUUACAUCCGUUCUCUACUUGAGAGAUGAAGUUUCCAUUGCUACAGCUGGAGCAGUUGACAGUGUUUUGAAGUUUUGGGAUACGAGGAAUCUCAAAAGGUCGGUUAUCCAAACCAGCUCUCAUCCAGAUACUUCUGACGAAAAGGAGAGGCGAUUGCAUGGAGUAUCUAGCUUGUCUCAAGAUCUAAACGGAGUGUAUAUUUCAGCCUCAUGCAUGGACAGUAGGAUAUACCUUUACAGUAUACUUCAGCUUGACAAUGGCCCUGUGAAAACUUUCUCUGGAUGUCAAAUUGACUCCUUUUUUGUUAAGUCAUCAAUCAGUCCAGAUGCCUCUCAUAUGCUUUCUGGUUCUAGUGAUGGAAAUGCAUACGUUUGGCAGGUAAACAAGCCUCACCUAGAUCCAAUGUUACUGAAAAGCCAUGAUGGAGAAGUUACUGCAGUGGAUUGGUGCCCUUCAGAGAUGGGGAAGGUAGCAACAUCUGCAGAUGAUUUUACAGUUCGCUUUUGGAACAUCCAAGGCUGUUGCUACUCAAACUCAAGAUCUCCUUCAUCCAUUCGAAGAAGAGUAAUGGCAGUUCCAAGUAUAGAACGGAAAAGGCUGUUUAUCGAUGAAGAUUUAACUAGUUUGAAAAAUAACUCUGAAAUCUGCCCCCAAGGUGCAGUCUCCAAUAUUCAUUCUCCUAAACCAACCAUUGCCUCAGAAACUACCACUCCUGAAUCCCAAAGGAGUAGAUAUUCAUCAAAUUUCAGAUUAAAGGAAAACUUGGAUAAGACUCCAGAAGCUGCAAGUAGAAGCCCCUCUUCCGUUCUGAAUCCUCCUUCGUCGUUGAAGAGAAGAACAAUUAGAGACUAUUUUUUGGUAGCUUGAUAUAUCUUUUUAAUGUUGAUCAAGAUUAUUUACUUGUUCAUAGUGAUGGCCAGUGAUUAUGCGACAAGAAGAUUGAUGGUUGAAGUGCUUACGUGAGAAUGUAAUUGCAUUUUUCAGCUUUCUUAGAAUCGACCUUUGUCAUUGCAUAUCUAGGUUAGUGAUAUUUACUGAUUCCUGUGGCUGUAUUUCAAUGUGGUGUUUGAAGUAAGCAAGGCUUCUUGCCUGAGCUGAAUCUGAUCCAUCAGAGUUUUUGCUGAUGUUUCUAUUUUGUAAAGCAAUCACUUGGAAUAAUUUGUAAGCGAAUCUUACAU